ACCCACCAUAAAUUAAGAUAACAAAAUAACCCUAGUCUAAAAUUUGCUCUGACACUGUUAACGAAACAAAAUUCUCCUCUUGUACGCCUGGUCUGCCGGCAACGACCAAUCAUCAUCACUUCGUUGAACCACCAGUCGACCUGGACAUUAGAAUCUCUGGAAUCAGAAACCUAGUCUUCAUCCGGCUUUGGGGAAAAAGCAAAGCCGAGCCUGAAAAUCACCAUGGCCGACGACGAUUACAAUGAUGUGGAUAUGGGAUACGAGGAUGAGCCACUGGAGCCUGAGAUUGAAGAAGGAGCAGAGGAGGAUGUAGAGAACAAUAACAAUGAAGAUGUUCCUGGCGAACCUAUUGAAGCUGAAGACAAAGAAGAUGAGGGAGUUAAAGAUGGAGCUCGGAAAACAUCAAAAUAUAUGACCAAAUACGAGCGUGCCAGAAUCUUGGGUACUCGGGCUCUGCAGAUCAGCAUGAAUGCUCCUGUAAUGGUUGAGUUGGAGGGUGAGACUGAUCCACUUGAGAUUGCCAUGAAGGAGCUUCGGGAGAGAAAAAUCCCAUUUACAAUCCGUCGCUACCUUCCUGAUGGAAGCUACGAAGAUUGGGGAGUUGAUGAAUUGAUUGUUGAAGACUCUUGGAAGAGGCAAGUGGGUGGAGGCUGAUGACAACCCUAACAUAACCAACUCUGGCUGGGCUGGAGACUUUGCAUCAAUGGUAAAGGCAAAUGUGGGUUUCAAAUUAAUAUUGUCUAAAUGUUUCUGAAGAGUCAUUUUUGGGCUCAGCGUCUUGUAUGGUGUUAGUUUGGCUAUUUGGUUUCUUCAAUUAUGUAUAUACCUGGACAAGAUCUUGUAUUUCUUUCCGACAAUGACGAGAACUGAUGUUUGAUACCA